AUGUGUUUGUUUAGUUGUCUGACGGGGGCUAUUGAGAGCAGAGCAGUUGACCAAUUUCCAUUGUGACAAAUGGACAAUAAAGCUGUUUUGUUUUGUAUUAUAACCUCCUCUCUAUCCCCUGUAGCUGCACUCGGACGUGGACAAGGGUGAAGGGCAUGUGAAGUACGUGCUCAAUGGCCAGGGAGCUACCUCCAUCUUCACCAUUGACGAGAACACUGGUGAUAUCCAUGCCACCAAGCGUCUGGAUCGCGAGGAGCAGGCUUACUACACACUCCGGGCUCAGGCCAGGAAUCGCGAAAACAACCUGCCCGUGGAGCCCGAGUCAGAGUUUGUCAUCAAGGUCCAGGAUAUUAACGACAAUGAGCCCAAGUUCCUGGACGGGCCCUACUCAGCCAGGGUCCCCGAGAUGUCCCCAGUGGGUGAGUAACAUGAAGUGACAUCAACCCAGCUAACAAAACUGAGCAAAAACAGAUUCUAGUUGGAAUUAUCUCAUUUCAACCAUCUAUUUUCAACCAGUUUUUCCCGCUGGGAAAUCGAGUGUUGCAAAAAAAAAUCAUAGUGGGUGACAAGCAAUAGGCAUACACUGUGUAGCAUGGAUGACGUUUUGUUUAACUUUCUUACUACACUGAACAAAAAUAUAAACACAACAUGUAAAGCGUUGGUCCCAUGUUUCAUGAGCUGAAAUAUAAGAUCCCAGAAAUGGUCCACAUGCAUAAAAAGCUUAUUUGUCUUAAAUAUUGUGCACAAAUUAGCUUACAUCCAUGUUAGUGAGCAUUUCUCCUUUACCAAGAUAAUCCAUCCACCUGACAGUAUCGAGUACCAAACUGCCUCUGGAAGCAACGUCAGCACAUUAACUGUUCUUCGGGAGCGUCAGGAAAUGGGUUUCUAUGGCUGAUCAGCCGCACACAAGCCUAAGAUCAUCAUGCACAAUGUCAAGCGUCGGCUGGAGUGGUGUAAAGCUUGCAGCCAUUGGACUUUGGAGCAGUGGAAAUGCUUUCUCUGGACUGAUGAAUCACGCUUCACCAUCUUGCAGUCCAACGAAGGAAUCUGGGUUUGGCGGAUGCCAGAAGAAGGCUACCUGCCCCAAUGCAUAGUGCCAACUGUAAAGUUUGGUGGAGGAGGAAUAAUGGUCUGGGGCCAUUUUUCAUGGUUCGGGCUAGCCCCCUUAGUUCCAGUGAAGGGAAAUCUUAACGCUACAGCAUUCAAUGACAUUCUAAAUGAUUCUGUGCUUCCAACUAUGUGGCAACAGUUUGGGGAAGGCCCUUUCCUGUUUCAGCAUGACAUUGCCCCCAUGCACAAAGCCAGGUCCAUACAGAAAUGGUUUGUCGAGAUCAUUGUGGAAGAACUUGACUGGCCUGCACAGAGCCCUGAUGUCAACCCCAUCGAACACCUUUGGAAUGAAUUGGAACGCCGACAGCGAGCCAGGCUAAUCGCCCAACAUCAGUGCCCGACCUCACUAAUGCUCUUGUGGCUGAAUGGAAGCAAGUCCCCGCAGCAAUGUUCCAACAUCUAGUGGAAAGCCUUCCCAUAAGAGUGGAGGUUGUUAUAGCAGCAAAGGGGGGACCAACUCCAUAUUAAUGCCCAUGAUUUUAGAAUGAGAUGUUCGACGAGUGUCCACAUACUUUGGUAAUGUAGUGUAAAUGGAUCUGAUUAAGAGAAAACGAUUUGUUUAAUUUGGUAAUUAGGAUCAAGAGCUUGUCUGCAAGAAUGCCUCACAAGACAAUUUGCUGUGACAAACGAGAUGGCACGGAGAAAGAAAACUGAAAUCUGCUGGCUAUAGUAUUCAGAUUUGUAUUUGAUCUUUACCAGGUAAGUUGACUGAGAACACAUUCUCAUUUACAGCAACAACCUGGGGAAUAGUUACAGGGGAGAGGAGGGGGAUGAAUGAGCCAAUUGGAAUCUGGGUAUCAUUAGGUGGCCAUGAGGGUAUGAGGGCCAGAUUGGGAAUUUAGCCAAGACACCGGGUUUAUCACCUCUUACAAUAAUAUGUUUUGACCACAGAGAGUCAGAACAUCUGUUUAACAUCCCAUCCGAAAGACAGCACGCUACACAGGGCAAUGUCCACAAUCACUGCCCUGGGGCAUUGAGAUCUUAGACCAGAGGAUGGAGGGAAUCCUACUGGCCCUCCAACACCACUUUCAGCAGCAUCUGGUCACCCAUCCAGCAGUGAUGGAGUGGGUUCGAACCGGGCCCACAGCCUUUGUGACAACUUGUCCUCUAAUCUUUUCUACUUGAUGUACUUUGUCCAAUAAGAAAAUACAAAAUGAGUGAGAAUUACCAGUCCUUUAAAAAGAAAAAAGAAAUAUGUCUGGUGUGCCAAGUAUGCAAACAUAAUAAUUGUUCGGGAAACAGAGUCUUGUUGAAGCAUAUGACUUCUCCACGUUUGGUUCUGCACUGUGACACAAAAUGGGAAGGUCCCCAAACGACUUUAUGGGCGUUUACUGUACAACCGAGAACGUUUAACGAUAAAUUGUCUUUGUGCCAAAGAGUCAUAAAUACUGCUUACUGAGGAGUCCUAUUUACAUUUUACAUUUUAGUCAUUUAGUAGACACUCUUAUCCAGAGUGACUUACAGUUAGUGAGUGCAUACAUUUUAUUUGUAUUUUUCAUACUGGCCCCCCGUGGGAAUUGAACCCACAACCCUGGCGUUGCAAGUGCCAUGCUCUACCAACUGAGCUACACGAUGCCCAAAGGGUUGCAAAGGGAGGGUAUAUUAUUGGAAACUUUCUAAAUUUACCAGUAACUACCAGAAUUUUGGUAUCUUUCAAGGAUUUUAUGUAAUCUAUCACAAGAUUUCUAGUGGCCCUUUUGGGUAUUUCAGAUUAUCACAGGUGUCUGUAAUGAUCUCUGGCCCUCUGUGUGGCUUUAUCACAUGUACAAUAUAUGAAAUAAUAAAAUAAUAAUUAAACUUUGUGAAUACCAUUGGUGUUUAAUAUGAGGGUUUCAGCAUGAAAUAUCCUUCAUAUUUAUUUUACACUUUUAUUUGGAGGCAGUUGUGAACACAGUCAGUAGUUGUGGAGUUAAUUGAAAAUAAUGGCAUUGUUAGAUGCUUUUUUCAUUAAUUAGGCUAUUAAUUUUCUCUUGAACCACAUGGUCUAUCUACUAGAAACUCAGGGACAAUAUGGACACAGAUAUAAUAAAUGAAUACAAUAUAUUAAUACAUGUUUUAAAAGUUAUUCAAGUAUAAAUUACCGAAGUUACAAUAUAUUGUCAUAGAUUUUCUGUUAAUUUCCAAAAUUCCUCAAGAUUCCUGUAACUUUGGUAAAUUAUUAGAAAGUAAAAUAUGUUCCCCCAAACAGUAGAGCUGGUGCUUUAAUUUUUCCUUUAAGCGCCACCAAAGUACCACAGUGGUGACGUCUCUGUAGCCCUUAUGAAAUAAAUAUCUCCGAAGCCACAAUUGGCUGGCAAAGGGCAAACACAUAAAAAAUAAAAAGAGUGGCAGGAAAAAUACAAGAAACGUCUAAAAGUAAACUUUUGUCUUCAUAGAGAGCCAUUGAAUUGUACCUUGACGAAGACAUAGUGAAAGAGAAGCCGGCUGUGAAGCUAUUGAACAACAGGAAAAGGAGGACGUGGUCUUUUCAAUCACGAGGAGAAAGGGACCAGAGGGGAAACUUAUUUAACUGAAUCCAAGAUACCCUGCUCUGCCAAUACUUUUGAUCAGCCACUAUAGCUGGCUGAAAGGGUCCCCUUGUUACUGAAUCGAUUGUGCUAAAGAGUUGCAGUUGAAUCACUGAAGGCCAGUUGAACCACCAAGGUAGUGAUUGGGUGACAUUUCAUAUGCUGAUAUUGUAUGUUGGAGAAUGCACAAUUUCUUGGAAGUGUGUGAGUAUGUGUAUACCAAUGCAAAUGGAGAAAACACAUGCAUGCAAUCAAAACUCGCAACUGUAUGUCUGUGGUUGCUUUCGUGUGGGCUGGCUUGAAACUUGUUGUUGUUCCCGAUUCUGGGAAUGGCAGAAAUUAUAAAUUUGCAAAACAACUUUUAUUAGCAUCCAUGUGUUUUAAUUAGGAUCAUGUCCAAAAUGUUCAUUAAACAUAAACAGGCUUUAUCACAAGUUUGAUAUUAGCAAAGUGAUGUGUUGGAGCAGUUUGAAAUAACAAAGUUUUAACUGAUUUUCAAAGCACACCACACAACCAGGCUCAUGUAACACAUUAAAUUGAAACGCAAGACAAACUCUAGUCUACACCAUGCAAUGCAUUAUCACUACAACCCUACUUUAGGCCUUUGGUCUAGUGGAUAACACCACCACCCUUAACUAUCCAACUGAGUCCUCAUGGGAUCAAAUCCUGGUUCCACAGCUACUUCGACUCAAAAAUGAUCAGCAUUUCUCUGCCUACCUACAUUAUCCUGUCUGUUCAACUCCGACACUUGAAGAAAAAAGAAAUGGUGAACAGGCUUUUCAAUUGUUUUUAUGACCAAAUGAUUUGUCAUUGCAGGCACAUCUGUGGUGACGGUGGUGGCAACAGAUGCGGAUGACCCCACGUAUGGAAACAGUGCCAGGGUGGUCUACAGUAUCCUCGAGGGCCAGCCCUACUUCUCCGUGGAACCAAAGACAGGUGAGGAUUAAACCACAUCACACAAGGUGUGUACUGUCUAAAAGCAGGACCCCAAGGGGUUGGAAGCCAGGGUCAGUCACAGUGAAGGACACCUGGAGCAGUUUUAGGGGUUAAAUGCAUGAUAGCAGAAGAGGGAUACCUUGCAUUCCACCAGAUUCUUCGCUAUCUGCCGUCACCUAUAUGCAUAAUUACACACAAAUUAUUAAACCCCAGCAAGGUUAGUUUGUUAGAUUGCAAAAUUAAAAUAUGAGAAAUAAAGGUAUUAUGACAUUAUGUUAUACAUAAAAGUCAAGUUUACCCAAACUUACAAAGGGCGAUUAGAUUGAAAACUUAUUUGAGAGUGUUUUAUAUUUUGUAAAUCUUCAGUUUGUAGAUAAAUACAUUACUGAAUAUUUCUUCAGAUUGCCCAUGACACAGUAGCGGUGCGUGGGUAAAACAACUGAGGAAGCCAAGCCAGGAAAAAAGCCAUAUUACAACCUAUGUUGUGAUAAUUGCGUUGUUUGCUCUAUAACCCAUUAGUUCAUAUGCCACCGUGAUACACAAUAAAGCUGAGACAACAAGUCAACAAUCAACCACACAUAAGUUAAAGUAAAUAAUGUGUCACGCCCUGUCUCAGGGGACUCGUAUAUGUUGAGUCAGGGUGUGUAUAUUCUUUGUUGUGUUUAUUCUAUGUUGUCGAUCUAGUAUGUGAGGAUCUAUGUUGGCCGGUGUGGUUCCCAAUCAGAGGCAGCUGUCACUUGUUGUCUCUGAUUGGGGACCAUACUUAGACAGCCUAUUGGCACUGUCUAGUUGUGGGAUCUUGUUCCGUGUAAGGUAUGUUGUGUGUUCAACCUUGGACUUCACGUUUCGUUUCGGUUGUUGUUUUGUUGUUGUGUUUAUAAGUUAAUAAACAUGUACGUAUAUCACGCUGCGCCUUGGUCUGACACGUCAUUCAACGAACGUGACAGAAGAUCCCACCAAACGAGGACCAAGCAGCGUGCCCAGGCGGAGCAAAUAGCCAUGUCACAGGUGGGCAAUUUGUGGUCAUGGGAAGAAAUAUUUGCGGGGAGAGGACCAUGGGCUAAGGUAGAUGCCCAGGCAUCUGAUCCAGCUCCGGUCAGCUGCUCCACUCCGGAGCCAGAGCAGUCCGCUCCACCGGUGCCUGAUCCAGCUCUGGUCAGCUGCUCCACUCCGGAACCAGAGCAGUCCGCUCCACCGGUGCCUGAUCUAGCUCCGGUCAGCGGCUCCACUCCGGAGCCAGAGUAGUCCGCUCCACCGGUGCCCAGUCCAGCUCCGGUCAGCGGCUCCAGUCCAGACCAUGACGUCAGCCCCUCUCCAGCACCUAUUCAACUUAAACAUUUCAACAUCAUCAAAUCAACUAGGCUAUAUGCUUAGUCUAUUACAGUGAAAACUUAGAGAUACCAAAAACAAUUUAGUCCAAUCGGCGUUGCUAAAUAGCAUGUGGCUGUCCAUGGUACUGAUUUCUGUGUGUGUUGUGUGUGCGCACGCAAGUAGAAAAAAUAUGUUGACCUACUUGUAGACUAGAUGAACGCUAAUGCCAUCCUCCUCUCUUUCAUGUUGGCAUAACGGUCUAUGACUCUGUCAUACAGAGUACACGCUUUUAGUUUGUGUUGUACCUGACUAAAAUGCUUGUUAGCUUAACUUUCUCGGAUGGGCAACAAUGAACCGGCUAAGUUAGCUAGCUAGUUAACAUUAGCCUGCUACGUCUAGCUACAUAUUGAACUUCUAUUGUCUCAGGCCAGUGGCACAAUGUAUGCAUUUAUGGUUAGAUCAGAAUCACCGUUAAAAUCAUUGGCCUGUACAGAUAAUUAAAUAAAAACCACAAGUCCCCAUCCAUGGUUUAGGAAAGGGAAGAUUUAGCUAUCUAGCUACUGCAGGACAACAACACAAGCAGACCAGAAACAUACUGUUUUUUCUGACAAUUACAUUUUGCUUUUGAUGUAAUUUGAUUGGUGUGAAGCCAAAUCCAAACUGGCCUUCCUUGAGUGGUGGUUUUUCUGCACAAGGACCACCAACAGUUGAGCUCACCUCAACGCUGACUGGCAAAUUAUUUUACAAAUAAAAUUAUCAAAGGAGGCCAAAUGCUCGCUGGCAUCAAUCAAUCAAAUACUACGGGCGGCAUGUCAUAUUGUUUUUGGCCAGACAGCAUUCGAUACAUGGGCUAUAUAUUCUGAGACACAGGGGCUCUGUUUCCCUCGCUCGGAUGAUUUAUCCGGUGAGAUAGAUUCAGCAACUUGCGAAUUGAAGGGCAAUUAUGAAAACAGAGUGAGACGAAAGAGAAAUUGUUCAUAAUAAAAAAAUAGAUAUAUUGGUUAGAUUUUGGGGGAAGCCUGGCUUCCCUUGUUAUCCAUGAAUACACGCCAUUUCCAUGACGUUUGUCCCAUCUUGGCUGAUUUUAACUCAAUGACUUUGAUUCACUGUAUGCCCAAAUAUUCGUCAGAGAAAGAAAAAGUAAUAAUUUCAUUGAAAGAUGGAAAAUGACACUUGAGCGAACAAAGCUGAAGAAGACGAGUCCGUAUGUUCAACAUAAUCUGGAAGAGAUUUUAUAAUAUAUCAUUUCUCUGCAUCUACAGGAUCUGAAAAUACAGUGUAACAACAAUACGUUUAUAGAUGAAUAUACGGUAUCUCCAUUUGGAUUAACAUUAUGCAGCGUUAUACCUGCUAUUCUUUCUUUAUUGCACCUUGUAGUUUGAUGUACAUAAACUCCAAAGGUAGAAAUUAGUGGCCUGGCUGGUCUAGCAGUAAUGCAGCAACUCUACGGCCCUUUGACACAACCUCUUUCUAACCUUUCCCUACUGUCAUCCUCUCUCACUAUCUGUUCAAUCAAAUCUGACAAACCCUUAAAACAUAUAUCAAAGGUAGAAACGAUUAUCUAGUUAUCCCUUCAUACAACUCAAACGGUGGUUAUGAUGGUUCUCUUGACGUUACGGAGUGUAAGGGAGGUGCUCGCGUACAUUAGUCUGUUCCCAGAUUAAAAGCCUCUCCUCUGCCAUCAAGGACAGCAUUUACGGCUUAACGUGCUGCCUCUUAUUUCAUCAUUCUGUGAGUGGAGUACCGCAUGCGUGAACCAGAGUGCUGACCGUGGGCGACGGGGACAAACUGUAAUAACGUUCCUGAGUUAUGGGUUUAAGGCUCAGAGCGGUGAUGGAGCAUUCGCCAAGGAUUAUUGUAGAAUACAGCCAUAUGGUCACUGUCAUACCAGGGAGAAACUCUUCCCAGCGAGCAAAAGAGGUUGCAAUGACAUUGUUAAGACGUAUUUUAUGAUGUUGUGGUCAGGUUGUGUACUGGUUGUUUAAGGAUGUUUUGUUAAUGUCAUUUAAUCAACCAUAAAAAUACAUCUUUAUCUGGUUGUAUCCUAAUGAUCUGACCAGAUCAUAAGAACCAAAAUAUGACUUCAUUCCCAUGAUGCCUUGAUCUCACCAUGAACCAGUUGGUUGUAUAUCACAUGACAUCUUCUCUACCAGAAAAAAACAUAAUUAUUACGUCAUGUGCCAAAUUUUGCACUUUGGGCUAGUCGUAGUGGGAUUUGUCUAUUCUUUUUUAUUUGUUACUAUAAUAUUAUAAUGAAUCUGAGUAAUACAUGAAUCAGUCAUUUCAAGCCGGUUGAAAAAUUGCCACAUAGAAGACUCAUAAAACAUACCAAGAUGUACCAAGUUAUUUUAUAACUGAAUGCCCUAAGUAAAGUGUUACUGAAUCUUUCUUUGCAGGCGUGGUCAAGACAGCUCUGCCCAAUAUGGACCGCGAGGCGCGGGACCAGUAUCUGUUGGUUAUCCAGGCCAAGGACAUGGUGGGCCAGAUGGGAGGACUCUCUGGGACCACCUCCGUCACAGUGACUCUCACUGACGUCAACGACAACCCACCACACUUCUCUCGCAGUAAGACCCUCUUUUCUUUAAAAUGGUCAGUUAGCACUAAACCCAACACAGCUAUACACAUCUCAAGUAACCAUGGAACCUUCAGGGUUAUAACUUCACUUUAUUAGGUUUAUUUGAAAGUGACAAUGCACAUUAAUCAACAUUUCUGUGAAUGUGCCAGAUUUAGCCAGCCUGCUAAUUUCACCUGUAGGGCAGGUAGAUAAAAGCAUCCUCAUUCUCCACAAGUCUCUGGGAUGGAGCUUUUAAAUACAGAUCUUUAGAUGGGUCAACCUCUUCGCCAACACUCAAUAAUGCUGUUAUAGCAUUGUCUCAAUACCGUCUUUUUAACAAGGACACCACCUUUCAUUAGAUAGGGAUAAAGAAAUGUUGUAAACAUCUAGUAAUAAAUGUUAUUUUCUAGUUGAGUAAUUGUGUUCUGUGGUUGAUUAUAGUCCUGUAGAUACAUUCUGGCCGCCAAAAUUCUGUAUACAGUUUUAUCGAAACAAUGUUAUUUUUGCCCUUAAAUAUCAAACUUUAGACCCAGCCUGAGAAGGAGGUAAGUAAAUUAGUAGCCUUGCACGAGCGAGCCGGAAUUUCUCAUAGGAGCAGGAGCCUAUCUCCUGUUUCUCUCCUGAGGCAGCUUGAUGUACAAGUACACCCCCUGGACAUAACGCUAGUCUGUCGCAGGGCCUUACCCCCAAUCUACCUCCUUAAUGCUGAGUGCCAAGCAGAGAUGCAUCCGGUCCCAUUUUUACAGUCUUUGGUAUGAGUCAGCAGGGAAUCAAGCUCCCAACAUUCCAAUCUCAGGGCGGACCAGAAGCCGUUGGUCGAGAAUAAAGUGGUGGUGGCAAUCUAUCCACAGACAUGUCAGACUCACACCAGGGUUAGUAUAGCUCAAUCUGCACAGGGUAGAGGAACCCUACAGAAAAAUAACAACAAAAACAGGUAGCCUACAUUUAGCAGCCAAGCGAUAAGCACGGACACAGAGCGAAGGUGGAAAAUGGUCUCAUCAAUAACUUGUAUGUCUGGGCUGUCCUCCUCUCUCUCUCUCUCUCUCUCUCUCUCUCUCUCUCUCUCUCUCUCUCUCUCUCUCUCUCUCUCUCUCUCUCUCUCUCUCUCUCUCUCUCUCUCUCUCUCUCUCUCUCUCUCUCUCGCCUGUAGAAAGUUAUCAGUUCAGCAUUCCCGAGUCCCUGCCAGUGGCCUCAGUGGUAGCCAAGAUAAAGACGCUAGACUCGGAUGCGGGGCCCAAUGCUGAGAUGGAGUACAGGAUUGUGGAUGGGGAUGGCCUCGGGUUGUUCCGAAUCACCCCCGACCGAGACACACAGGAAGGCCUCAUCACUCUGCAAAAGGUACAAUGCAGACCUUUCCUUUAAGGAAGCCAUUGCUAGAGGUCUCCUAUAUUAUUGCACUGUCAUCAUGGACACCCUAUAAGACCAAUAUAUACGGUGUCCAUAUUAGGACAGUGUAAGUUGUGUCUGAGUCAGAGUUUGGAGUUGGUGUCAAAGCGAGUGAGUGUCAAAACUCCCAAGUGAGUUUGACACAAAUUCCAUGGACGUGUAACUCUGUCCUAAUAUGGACACUGUAUAGAUGCAGAUCCUUCAUCUAAGGCUUUCUCAACUCUGGUCCCAGAUAGCUACUUUGUGUGCAGGCUUUUGUUCCAGCCCGACAAUAACAUACCUGAAUCAGCUAAUAGUUUACAUUUUUUUAUUUAACCUUUAUUUACCCAGGAAAAUCCCAUUGAGACACAGAGAGACAGAGUAAGCCUCGCACUAACACAUCUGUUUCACAUAAGCUUGUGUCUUCAAUCUGAACCAGAUUGAAGACACAAGCUUAUGUGAAGCAGGUGUGUUAGUGCUAGGCUGGAACUAAAGCCUGCACACACCAUAGCUCACUAGGCUGUGUUCAAAAUCAGUCUUGCCUACUAUUUACUAAAACAACAUACUGUGUACUAAUUAUACUACAUACCAUUUAGAAUGUACUGUUUAGUAUAAAUGUAUGCAGUAAGAAACAAAUAUCAACAUACUAGGCUCACCCAUAUGGAGAAUGCAUUCAAAAUGUGCAAUUCCAUUGUUUCCCGCCAUUCGUUCAUAUUGAUACAGACAUCUUACCUGAUUAUCAGCUGAUUAUCACGUGAGUCUGAAAAGAUGCGUCUCUUCCUCAUAAGCCUGCAGCAAAUUCUACUAGAUGAAAAGCCAAAAUGAGUAUGACAUCCUAGCAUUUAAAGCAUACGACAUUUUAGACAUUUGACAUACUAUAAAACUUUAUAUUUUCCCAAACCCAAUCAGCCUACUAUUUAGAACGCAAGUAUGUGUAUUCGUACGGCCAAAGUCUGUAAGACGUCCCCUGGAAUUUGAAGAACUUGACUUCUAAAUGCUUCUUAAGUUUCUCUGAACUUAAUCAUAAAGCCUUUGACUCAGUUUCAAAUGGAGAUGAAAAUAUCUCUUUAGUUUUUUUCUACAAUUUGAGUUAUUUACAGACAAUGAGUGUAUGCUAAAUACUUUGCAUUUGAUAUCUUAAAAAGCAAUCAUUUCAGAACUCUGACAGGAUAAAUAAAUGAGGAGCUGCGAGAGUGCUUCAGAAGACAUUUUCAGAGUCUUUUAUCUUUGUCUAAAGAUCAAUAUUUAGCCUUGACACAGUUCUGUAAGUCAAUAUGACAGCAACGUUCAGAGAUGGAUUUACAUUUGAGUCAUUUAGCAGACACUCUUAUCCAGAGCGACUUACAGUUAGUGAAUGCAUACAUUUUCAUACUGGCCCCCCCGUGGGAAACGAACCCACAACCCUGGCGUUGCAAGCGCCAUGCUCUACCAACUGAGCUACAGGAGGCCUUGCAUGGUGGAGGCUUAAAUUAUAUUGUAAAAUAAAACAAUAUUUUACAAACGAUAUUUUCACAUUCCCAACCAGCCUACUAUUUAGAACGAAAGUACAUUUACAUUUUAGUCAUUUAGCAGACGCUCUUAUCCAGAGCGACUUACAGUUAGUGCAUACAUAAUGCCAUGCUCUAUCAACUGAGCUACAUCCCUGCCGGCCAUUCCCUCCCCUACCCUGGACGAUGCUGGGCCAAUUGCGCGCCGCCCCAUGGGUCUCCCGGUCACGGCCGGCUACAACAGAGCCUGGAUUUGAACCAGGAUCUCUAGUGGCACAGCUAGCACUGUAAUGCAGUGCCUUAGACCACUGCCCCACUCGGGAGACUGGUAUUCAGACAUGCAAGUCUGACCUUCCCUCCUCCUUCCCUUCUUCCUUCCUAAAUAUCUCUCUCCCUUUCCAAUCGGUAGGGCCUGGACUUUGAGACCAAGUCGAGCUACACCCUGCGUGUCGAGGCAUCCAAUAGAAACAUCGACCUGCGAUUCCUCUCCCUGGGCCCGUUUAGUGACACAGCGACCGUGCGCCUCAUCGUGGAGAACGUGGACGAGCCGCCUGUCUUCUCCUUGCCGCUCAGCAAGAUGUUAAUAUCGGAGGCGGCAAAGGUGGGCACCACCGUUGGGACAGUCUCCGCACACGACCCCGACUCCACCAACAGUCCUAUCAGGUAGGGGUGUGGCAAGGAUUCAUCAUCGCAGGUUCACAAUCUCAGUGCGCUGUUACUGUUUGAACGUUUUUGGUCAGUUCUGUCUUUUGUUUCCUGUUUCUACAACAAAGAAAUGUGCUGGUUGUUUAACUUCUUGUUAUGUAUUUCCUAUGCAUCAGUUGUAGCCUUCAUCAUUCGAAGUAUGAUUGCUCCUUAUUAUAACAGCCUGCAUAAAUGUAUGCAUCCCUGACUAAUGCAUUCUUAAUGCAUUGCACACAGAUGGUCCAUAGAAUGUGUUGAUAUGGGCCUCCCGAGUGGCGCAGCGGUCUAAGGCACUGCAUCGCAGUGCUUGAGGCGUCACUACAGACCUGGGUUCGAUCCCAGGCUGUGUCACAACCGGCCGUGACCGGGAGUCCCAUAGGGCGGCGCACAAUUGGCCCAGCGUCGUCCGGGUUAGGGGAUGGGUUUGGUCGGGGGGCUUUACUUGGCUCAUUGCGCUCUAGCGACUCCUUGUGGCGGGCCAGGCGCCUGCAGGCUGACUCCAGUCGUCAGUUGAAUGUGUUUCCACCGACACAUUGGCGCAGCUGGCUUCCGGGUUAAGCGGGCGGGUGUUAAGGAGCGCAGUUUGGUGGGUCAUGUUUCGGAGGACGCAUGCCUCGACCUUCGCAUGACUCGAGCCUGUUGGGGAGUUGCAGCAAUGAGACAAGAUCGUAAUUGGAUCGCAAUUGGAUAUCACGAAAUUGGGGAGAAAUAAUUUGUGUUGAUAUGGCGGAUGCUGUUGAAUCUGGCCCUUGAUAGGAAGCCUUUCCAAUAUGCUCUCUCUCUCCUGUCUAUCUUACUCCAGGUACUCUAUAGACCGCAACACCGACUUGGAGCGCUUCUUCAACAUAGACGCCGCCACCGGUGUCAUCAGCACCGCCAAGCCGCUGGACAGAGAAGUCAACGCCCUACACAACAUCACCAUCUUCGCCAUGGAGAGCUGUAAGUGUUCUUACUCUGCUCUGUCCGCACGGUUGCUACAUUACAUCUGGGUUCUUGUCAAUCACGGUUGCAACUUAAAGAUACACAAUGGAGUUGCUAAUUGUGUACAUCAAAUGUUGGCUUUCUUUACAAUGAGGCAAUUUCUGGACAAUAUACAUUUUUAAGGGACCCCUAAAGAGCACCCCCAGAGGCAAAUGUUAUGUAGUGCCUCUUCAACAGUGACAUCACAUACGACUUAAGACUAUAUUUCACACCGACAAAUCCCAAAUUCUAUUAAAAUGAAGUAAAUCCUGUAUCAUAAAAGAUAGACUUAAGCUUCCUAUACUAUUUCCCCAUGAAUAUUAUUAGUAGAAGGCUCACUGAGAUGUUGCCAAUUUCGCCCGGAAGUCUGGAAAGCAGUAGGGAGAACGUGCACAGACCCUUCAUCUCCUUGACUUGUAGAGGAGAGUUUGAGCAGAUGCUCUGCAGCUGUAGAGGUCGACAGUUGAUCGCUGGUCCAGACACACACACUUCCCUCCCAACUCCUGGGCUCUCCCGUUGCAGUCUUUGUCCGUGACCUUCACCGAAAGAAGUGCACCUGUUCCCCAAUCGUUCCAUCUGACUCAGUACUACUGAGGCUGGAACACAAUCAAACCUGCACCGUGGCAAACCUCCAUUGGGGUUGGAGGGGUGUAACAUUGCUCCUUAAUCAUUUUACUUUCAACAUAUUUAAGUAGACUUCUAACUACUCUAACAUAACUCCUUAGUUAAUGUAAUUUUAGUUUCAACAUAUUUACAUGUAAGUACACUCUUAGAAAAAAAGGUGCUAUCUAGAACCUAAACGGGUUAUUCGGCCGUCCCCAUAGCAGAACCGUUUUUGGUUCCAGGUAGAACCCUUUUGGGUUCCAUCUAGAGCCCUUUCCAAAAAUGGUUCUACCUGGAACCAAAAAGGGUUCUCCUAUGGGGACGGCCGAAGAACCCUUUUGGGACCCUUUUAUCUAAGAGGGUACAGUACUAACUACUCUAACAUUACUCCUUAGUCAAUGUCAUUUCACUUUCAACAUAUUAGUAGAGUUGAGUAGCGUACUCUAAUGUCCCUCCUUAGUAAAUUAACUUUUAACAUAUUUUAAUAGAGUAGAGUACUACUCUAACAUCAGUCCUUAGUCAAUUUCAUUUGACUUUGAAAAAAUUUCAAGCAGUGCGAUUAAUUAGACAAUGAGUGAAUAUUGAAUAAAACUCAAAUCGAAGUAGAUAUAAUGUGCAUUUCUGCAUGGACAGUAUAUGGAUUUGACUGAAUGUGGCCCUGAAGAUAUAGGUUGUGUCCAAAUACCCAUACUUACGUUCUAAAUAGUAGGCUUUUUGGGUAUGCGAAAAUAGAACGUUUUAUAGUAUUUGCAAUCUCGAAAAUAUAGUAUGCUUUAAAGCGGAAAUCAGCAGUUGAAACAAUAACAAAGUGUAAUCCCCGCCCCUGUUUUGGUAAAAAGCUGAGGGAUGGGGCUGGAGAAAUGAUACCACUCUCAAAUUCAUAGACUGAGAUAUGGAUGCAAGGACUGAUUGUCCAUGAUAUCAAAAUUAUAGUUUUAACCAUGUUUUGAGGCUAUAUAGUGUUUGUUUGUAUGUACUUUGUUUACAAAUAUUGGAGUAAAACAAGCUUAUAUUUUGGGUUCUGAUGGGGUACGACAGGUUUUCCAAACUUCCCGUCCGGCGAAGGAAAGGUGCCCUGUGGGAAAAAUGCUAUGAGAAACAGCGACAUACACUCUGAAUGACUUAAAUGAUAAAUCCCAUAUUGGUCUUUCACAGUCAGGCCAACCCAAGCUGUACUGUGCAGUAGGAUAAUAGUAGGCCUACUAUUGUAACAGAUGAACUGAGUCAGAAAUUCACAGGUUUCAGAUUUUUUUACAGAAAAACAACAACAUUGUAUGUUCUAAGUCCAUAACAAUGCUUAAACCACAUCAGGAGACCACUUUUGAGGUCUGGGAAAAUCUAAGAAAUAUAGAUUUUUGAGAGUAGUUACCCUUUAAUUUAAGUGUGCAGGCACCUAGCACUAUUGUUUGAUUAGCAGUGUUUCUGUAGCACAUGAGAUGGAGUUAGCAAAAUAAAUGACCACUGGAUUGAUGCAAAUAAUCGUCAUGAUAUCAUUCUGAUAGGUCAUUCUUAGGGUCAUUGUCCUGCUGGAAGGUGAACCUCCUUUGUAGCUAGUUAACAUUUAAUAGAGAAGAUUUUUGGCAAACCCUCUCCAUCUAACAUAAGACGGUUAGGCCUAUCAUUAGCAUCGCUAUAUAUUCUUCCUGUUUCUUAAUUGUUUGAAACCUGGACGUUUUACUUCAUAUUAAGAGGCAUAUCUUACCUUGCUUCAAAAUAGCCUAUAGCCAAAAUCCCACCAUAGAAACGUGGAGGCAAUUAUUUGAAUAAAGACUUAUUCAUAUGCGUUCUCUUGUUCUAUUGUUUUCUUUUCAACUUUCUUUCAUUGUCUAGCAGGCCAAAGUAAUUAUCCUAAUUAUAUUAGCAACCCAUGAUAGUUGUUGCAUCUUUUAAUCCCCCCUCUUCCUAACUGAUAUUUCCAUCUCAGUCCAUGAAACCACUUGCAUGUGCGGUGCUCAUUUUAGAAAGGUGUUUUCCUGCUAAUUGCAUUUUGGAACAUUCACACGUAGGCCUACUGCAGUGUGUACAUUGUGCCUGUAAAGAAAUAAUAGUUUAUCAACAUUUUAAGCUAAACAUUACGAUCUGUUCCAUGAGCCCUACUAAUUGAUAUGGCAUAUACCUCCACUACACUACUUUGAUACGUAUCAGUGGAGAUUAAGAAGUGAGUAUACGUAAAGCCCACUGAAAAAUAAGUGAGGUAUAGGGCGUAUACCUGCGUAUACCCUCCACUACACCACUGCUAUUGAGGAAGAGAAUGAUAUUUUCACACCCACGUGUAUUUGACAACAGCUAAUAAUCAGAAUAAGGGACGUGCUCUACAAAAAUGAACAAAUCACGAUUGCACAUUAGGUGAUGCUUUCUCAGUAUGGAUGAUUAGCAUAUUGAUAUUUGUUUCUUACUGCAGACAUUUUUACUAAACAGUGAAUUCUAAAUAGUAUGAAGUUUGAUAAGUACACAGUAUGCAGUUUUAGUAAGUAGGCAAGACUUAGACAAAUAUGGAUAUUGAUUUGAAUUAUGUUGAUUAAAGAGUCUAUGAUUGUGAGUUUUGCUCCAAUAUCAAAGUAGCCUUUGGGAACACAGUCCUCGGAUGCCACCUCACAUAGGGCUCUAUUUUCAGCUGGCGCUAUGGAGGCGCAAGUGUCAAACGCAUGUUAGUUUGAAAUGUUGUCAUGUUAAAACUGGCGCACUGGCAUUUUUAACGCCAGGUUUCAAGUUUCAAGUUCAGUUUUAAUUUCACGUAAGCAAGUACAGUGAAAUGGCUUUCUUGCAAGCUCUAAACCCAACAAUGCAGUAAUCAAUAACAACGUAAUACUAAAAAUAACAUAAGGUAGAACCAAAUAAAUACAAAUACCAAAUAAGAACAACAAGAGAAAGUAAGCAAGCAUACUAUAUACAGGGUCAGUCAGUUCCAGUACCAUAUUUACAAUGUGCAGGGAUACUGGAGUGAUAGAGGUAGAUAUGUAUAGGGGUAAGGUGACUAGAGAUCAGGAUAUAUGAUAAACAGAGUAGCAGCAGUGUACAGUGCCUUGCAAAGGUAUUCAUCCACCUUGGCGUUUUUCAUAUUUUGUUGCAUUACAACCUGUAAUUUAAAUUGAUUUUUAUUUGGAUUUCAUGUAAUGGACAUACACAGAAUAUUCCACAUUGGUGAAGUGAAAUGGAAAAAAUUACUUGUUUCAAAGAAUUCAAAAAAAAUAAUAACGGAAAAGUGGUGCGUGCAUAUGUAUUCACCCCAUUUGCUAUGAAGCCCCUAAAUAAGAUCUGGUGCAAGAGUGGCACAGUGGUCUAAGGUACUGCAUCGCAGUGCUAACUGUGCCACUAGAGAUCCUGGUUCGAAUCCAGGCUUUGUCGCAGCCGGCCGUGACCUGGAGACUCAUGGGCGGGGCACAAGUCGUCCAGGGUAGGGGAGGGAAUGGCCGGCAGGGAUGUAGCUCAGUUGAUAGAGCAUGGCGUUUGCAACGCCAGGGUUGUGGGUUCGAUUCCCACGGGGGGCCAGUAUAAAAAAAAAAUUAUGAUGUAUUCACUAACUGUAAGUCGCUCUGGAUAAGAGUGUCUGCUAAAUGACUAAAAUGUAAAAAUGUGCAACCAAUUACCUUCAGAAGUCACAUAAUUAGUUAAAUAAAGUCCACCUGUGUGCAAUCUAAGUGUCACAUGAUCUCAAUAUAUAUACACCUGUUCUGAAAGGCCCCAGAGUCUGCAACACCACUAAGCAAGGGGCACCACCAAGCAAGUGGCACCAUAAAGACCAAGGAGCUCUCCAAACAGGUCAGGGACAAAGUUGUGGAGAAGUACAGAUCAGGGUUGGCUUAUAAAAAAAGAUCAGAAACUUUGAAUUUAAUUAUACCCAUUAUAAAAAAAAUGGAAAGGAUAUGGCACCACAACAAACCUGCCAAGAGAGGGCCGCCCACCAAAACUCACGGACCAGGCAAGGAGGGCAUUAAUCAGAGAGGCAACAAAGAGACCAAAGAUAACCCUGAAGGAGCUGCAAAGCUCCACAGCGGAGAUUGGAGUAUCUGUCCAUAGGACCACUUUAAGCCGUACACUCCACAGAGUUGGGCUUUACGGAAGAGUGGCCAGAAAAAAGAUAAGCUUUUGGUUUUCACCAAAAGGCAUGUGGGAGACUCCCCAAACAUAUGGAAGAAGGUACUCUGGUCAGAUGAGACUAAAAUUGAGCUUGUUGGCCAUCAAGGAAAACGCUAUGUCUGGCGCAAACCCAACACCUCUCAUCACCCCGAGAACACCAUCCCCACAGUGAAGCAUGGUGGUGGCAGCAUCAUGCUGUAGGGAUGUUUUUAAUCGGCAGGGACUGGGAAACUGGUCAGAAUUGAAGGAAUGAUGGAUGGAAAUUCUUGAUGGAAACCUGUUUCAGUCUUCCAGAGAUUUGAGACUGGGACGGAGGUUCACCUUCCAGCAGGACAAUGCUUUUGUUAUUUUUACCCUUCUACCAAUAGGUGCCCUUCUUUGCGACACAUUGAAAAACCUCAGUGGUCUUUGUGGUUUAAUCUGUGUUUGAAAUUCACUGGUCGACUGAGGGACCUUACAGAUAAUUGUAUGUGUGGGGUACAGAGAUGAGAUAGUCAUUCAAAAAUCAUAUUAAACACAUGCAAUGUAUUAUGUGACAAAUGUUUACUCCUGAACUCAUUUAGUCUUGCCAUAACAAAGGGUUUGAAUACUUAUUGACUCAAGACAUUUCAGCUUUUCAUUUUUUAUUCAUUUGUAACAAUUUCGAAAAACAUAAUUCCACUUUGACAUUAUGGGGUAUUGUGUGUAGGCCAGUGACAAAAAACUCAAUUUAAUCCAUUUUAAAUUCAGGCUGUAACACAACAAAAUGUGGAAAAGGUCAAGGGGUGUGAAUACUUUCUGAAGUGUUCUGUAAGUACAUUUAAAACCAGAUACUUUUAAAAAAGUAGUAUUUUACUGGGUGACUUUUACUUGAGUCAUUUUCUAUUACAGUUUUUCCAACUGCUUACACACAUUUUCAAAACUGUCUCCUUUUUUCAAAACUCUACACACAAUUCCCAAAACUGCACACACAAAAUGCAAAAUGCCUCACAUCUCCUUCAAAAUGUAACACUGCAUUCAAAAUGCCAUAAACACAUGUCAGAAUGAAGCAUUUGCAUCAAAUGGCAAACACUUCUUUCAUAAUAAUAACUUUUGGGAUAUACCAUGUAAACACUGUUGUUCUAAAUCUAAAGCUCUUUGGUCUUUCAUAGGCUUAUAUCUACAUUUCAAUACAAUGUUCUACAGUGAAAGUCAUCUGCUGAGACGGGUAACAAGUACACUGUAAACACCAAUACAAUGUAGAAACAGAAAAUAUUUAUUAGGCCAAACAUUACUGUUGUAUACAGUAAAUAACACAAUUGUGUGUGUGGGUGCCGGGGGGGGGGGGGGGGGAUUCGUAGGGGGGGGGGGGGGCAGUCAUCAGUGCUAAGCUACGCUUCAUCUCUUCUCUGGGCUGGGUCUGGCCACAAUACUUCGUCCACAUCACAAGAUACUGUUUCUCUUGCCAAACAUCGAGGGAAGUAUCUCCUAGCAUGGCGUAUCCAACCUUGGACAGAGGCAACCUCUAUGUCCCCACAUGCGUCCUCCAUUGCCUGGAGAAGCGGCAUGCGGGCAUAGGGUUGGCAAUCAUACACUUUCCAGCGCCAGGCUGAGAAUAAUUCCUCUAUGGAAUUUAGAAAAGGUGAAAAUGGGGGUAGGUACAAAACUACAAAUUGUGGAUGGGUGGCAAACCAGUUUUGGACCAGAACAGCCCGGUGAAAACUAACAUUGUCCCAUAUAACCACAAAUCUAGCAGGCUCCUGAUCUGGAUCAGGGACAAGCAUUGUGUAAAUUGCAUCCAGAAAAGUGAGCAUAUGGCCGGUGUUGUACGGACCCAGUGUGGCAUUGUGAUGGAGGACCCCGUUUUGAGUGAUGGCAGCACACAUAGUUAUAUUACCCCCACGCUGUCAAAUGGCACCUUGUAAAGUUGUUUCAUCGUCACUUGGUGCCGUUGGAGGAUGCGUUGUAUGGUCGACAGGCUUACAGCAUUGAUGUUGUUAAAUAUGGUGUCAUUAUUCAAGAUAUGCUCUCUUAUCUCUCGAAUCCUAAUUGUAUUGUUGGCCAAAACCAUAUUUAUAAUUGCAGUCUCUUGUACAUCUGUAAACAAGCGUCCUCGUCCUCCAUGAUGUCUUUGCCUUUCCACUCUGUACAGAAUUCAAACACAUAUGUGUUCAGCAUAGGAACUGUAAAAAAUGUCGUACAGCAUGAUAACCAACCUCAUUCAUUCAAUGCAGUGCAGUAAAUGGAUGGCUUAGAGUUACAAAUGUUUAUGCAAUACUAUGCAGUCAUACGUAUUUUACAGUACAUUACUGUAAUGCUAAAAUAGUCAUUAGAUAGUUGCAUACCUGUUCUCAUUUCUGAAGGUUCGAAUUAUGGACGCCACUGUAAAUCGACUCAAGUUGGGCUGGACUCUCAGUCCAGCCUCUCUCAUGGUCAAACCGUGUUGCCCUAAUCUCAUCAGAGAUGGCUCUCCUUCCUUCUCUUCUUUGCCCUCGUCCUCUUCUUCCUCUUCCUCUUCCUCUUCCUCCUACUCCUCCUCCUCCUCUUCCAACUCUUCGUCUUUGAAUUUGUCCUCGUUGUUGUCCCCUGCCUCUCCCUCCUACUCCUCUUGCUCUCUGUCCAUUGUUGGCAUCCAUUUUUCAAAACAGGUAAUCUGACCUUUGACCUAUUUAUAGACCUAUACUACAGUAAAGCAGUGAUUGGUUAGUGAUCAGUUAAGCAAUUAGUGUUUGCACAUGUGAGAAGUGUGUGUGUGACCUGGUGAAUAAGUGUAGCAUUUUGAUUGGUUGUGUUUGGAAAAGGAAAGCAAGUCACUUCCUGUUAGAUUUUUGUGUUUUAGGUAGAGAAUUGUGUGUAGUGUUUUGAAAAAAGUGUUUUAUGCAACUGACAACAGAGUCAAAGGCUGAGAAAUAGCUUAUGGUUUUGGAGAUUUGGUGUGUAGUUUUGCACUUUGAGUGAGAGGUUUCAAAAAUCUACGCCCACAGGGAUCAAUUAUGGUGCCUGUAACUGUAUUUAGACAUAGCCUAUUUAAAACAAGUUGUUGUUGCAUUUUUAUAAGAAUUUGAUUAGAAUUAUACACUGUCUUUAUAGGCCUUAUCAAUAGCCUAGUGAAUUUAAUCUUGCUUAUUGACUAUGUUUGGCAUGUCCAUGUCCAGAUUGCAAUUUAAAAGUAGGCCUAGCUCCUAAAUCAGUGUGAAUGCUAUAGCCUAUGUUUAACAAUGUAUUCCCAUAUUGAAGCAUUGGAAUUAGAACAAUGUGGACUGCAAAUAUGUUCAACAUAUUUAGCAAAUAUGGGGCAGGCUAUUUAACAAACUAGGCUAUAACAUAUUCAACAUUUGAAUUGGAGUUGAUGACAACGCAAUACAUAAAAGACUGUAAAUACAUGACUUGAAGCAACCACAUAUUUAGCCAUGGAGCACGUUCUGAUUGGGCAGUGAUGGGCCAAGCCUCGACACACCCACAACUUGUUUAUUCAUCAAAACCGAGCCCUUUCGCGCCACCGCCAGCUUCUGCGCCCAUAAUUCUGGUUGUGAAAAUAGCUAUAAUAUUUCAGACACACCCCUGAACAUAUAACGCUACACUCUUAGAAAAAAGGGUUCCAAAAAUGUUCUUCGGCUGUCCCCAUAGGAGAACAUGGAACCCAAAAUAAUUAUACCUGGAACCAAAAAGGGUUCUUCAAAGGGUUAUCCUAUGGGGACAGCCAAAUAACCCUUUUAGGAUCUAGAUAGCACCUUUUUCUUUCUUUUUUUGUGUCUAUUGUGUUAACCAGAGUUAGCAACUGGCUAAAGAAUUAAGGUAUUAAUGAAAACAAAUCUUGAGAACGGCUUCAAGGACACAGAUUAACCAACCCUAACUGUGCAAUCAGAUAAUCGAGCUCACCAUAACAAUUGGAUGCCUUUGGUGUUGUGACUCCAAAAUGUGCUAUUCUAUUAUACAAUUGCAGGAAAAGCUGAACUUCAGAUGUGAGAUGUUUCUUUUAGAAAUUGGUUGAAAAGCUGUUAUCUUUGGAUAUCCUCAAGGUUUGGAUAUUUGAUGAGUUGUUUGUCUCACUUUGGACUGGGGAUACAAAGUUAGAGAUAAGUUCUUGCAAAGCCAAUUUGCAAGAACAGAAGUUUGCUUCAAAGGCUAGCACUCUGUUUUUGUCUCUAUAUACCUCGUUCCAGUCUAUGCCCUCAAGACUUUGAAUAUAGUGGGGAGCUGUAUCUCUAUGACAACAUACUUUAAUGCCAUUGUCAGAGUCGGUAGAGCUCAGCUAAAAUAUCACCUCUUUUUAUUUCCUUUGGGCAGCAUCAUAAACCAACAAGGUUACUGUACCUGGAGACUGAGGCAAGAUUCCUGGAUCUGCUUCUCACCUGUGGCUGGCUGCCUUACUGAGAAGUGUGUGUGUGUGUGUGUGUGUGUGUGUGUGUGUGUGUGUGUGUGUGUGUGUGUGUGUGUGUGUGUGUGUGUGUGUGUGUGUGUGUGUGUGUGUGUGUGUGUGUGUGUGUGUGUGUGUGUGUGUGUGCGUGCGUGCGUGCGUGCGUGCGUGCGUGCGUGUGUGUGUGCGUGUGUGUGUGUGAGAGUUACAGUAAUUAAGUGCACUCUCUCUCUCUCUCUCUCUCUCUCUCUCUCUCUCUCUCUCACCCCCUUCACCUCUGUAAAUCAACAGCAGAUGUGCAUGAUUUACUGACAGAUACACAUAAUCUAUUUCCGAGUCAAGCUGCAAUCAGCAACUGUGGAGACAUGUAGCUAAUGCUACAGUAGUGAAAGGUGUUCCUUUCUCACAUGUUUUAUUAAUGGGGAUGUUUGUUUUGAUCUCAUUUGAUUGAGGGAAAUAAAAAUUGGAUAUAUGCACUGAAAUUUUACACUACAAACACACAAACUAAUUGUGAUACUAAUUGUGAUAUUGGCCGCGUUCCAGACCGACUGCAAAGCAGUCGAACUGCACAUAUUAAUCAAUGAUUCGGGCAUCAGAUUUCAAUAUCAUAUUGAUGCUGUUACUGUCAUGUUAUACACUGUCAGAGGUUGUGAGAUUUAGGCGGCCUGGAACACAGCCAAUGUGUUAUCCACAAAAUUAUAUAGAUGGCAACUGUUACAUGCUAAUUUUGUGCUCUAUUAGUAAGCUACUGGCUCAAUUAAAGCAAGGCGUUCAGGGUCGUGUUCAUUAGGGUGUGUUCACACCUUAGCAAAACAUUUUGCAACGUGAAAUGAAAACAGACAAGUUUAGAUCGUACCUCCUCAUUUCACUCUGUUAAGGUAUCUUUACUUUUACUCAAGUAUGGUAAUUGAGUACUUUUUCCACAACUGUUGAGAGUGCCUUGAAAUAUUUUAGGUUUUUGCCUUUUUCAUUAUUAAUAAUUUACAUACCUGCAUUUUGCUUGUUCAAGUAGGCUAUCCAUCCCCAUUUUCAAGGAGCACUCCUCGUCCGAUUACCAAAGACCCGCUCCUCCAAACUAUUCAGUCCUCCUAUAAUGCCAUGUCAACAGCGGAUUCUUUUGAGAAUCUACCUCACACAUAGGCAACUAUACAAUUGACAGGAGCCUAGUAUUUUGUAUAGACGUGCAAAUGUUAUGCGUAAAGACAUUCAGGCCUACAUGUGCACACAGUGCCAUGGAACGAGAGAAACGAUUUAUGAUAUCAUGCUUCUGACCCGAUCCUAUUUAGAAAUAGUGUUGUUGGUUAAAGAAAACAUAUUGAUUGUUUUUCAUUUAAUUUGAUUAAAAAAUAUAUAUAAUUAUAAUAAUAAUAUAUAUAUAUAUAUAUAUAUAUAUAUAUAUAUAUUAGAAAGAUUCAUCAUCCCAUGGGUUUAUGGUGAGAAUGUAUAUUGGUCGAAUGCAAUGUAAUUUCGUCUGCUAUGUGAAUAUGUAAGAUGGUUCCAUUAUGUUUAUAAGACAUUACAUUUUGCGAGCAGUAUGACGUUGAGUCGACAUUCCCCCUUUCUCUUUACAUUGGAUCUUUAAGUUUGGAUGUGCGUAAAACCCUCCCUAGUCUAAGUUGCCUUGUCUAUAUUAUACACCCACAGGGAUCAAUUAUGGUGCCUGUACCUGUAUUUAGACAUAGUCUAUUUAAAACAAGUUGUUGUUGCAUUUUUAUAAGAAUUUGAUUAGAAUUAUACACUGUCUUUAUAGGCCUUAUCAAUAGCCUAGUGAAUUGAAUCUUGCUUACUGACUAUGUUUGGCAUGUCCAUGUCCAGAUUGCAAUUUAAAGUAGGCCUAGCUCCUAAAUCAGUGUGAAUGCUAUAGCUCAAUUAAAGCAAGGCAUUCAGGGUCGUGUUCAUUAGGGCAUGUUCACACCAUAGCAAAACAUUUUAUAACGUAAAAUUAAAACAGACAGGUUUAGAUCGGACCUCCUUGUUUCACUCUGUUUCGGACAGUUUUCUCCCAUUUCGUACCUACUGAACACAGUUAUUACAUCCCUGCCACUCUAAGACUGAACUGACCGACCGUGUAUGGUAGGCAGACAUUUGGUGAUCGAGAAUGGAUUUGAACCCACAGUGGUAGCAACCUUGCAGUGAAGCUCUCUCGCUAGAUUCAUUGAUGUACUCCUGUUGCUUUAAUCUAACGGAAAUUUGAUCUCCCCUGCAGCCUAGAUAAAUCUAAUUCCUACUUAAAUCAUAUUUUUAAAAGUCAUAUCCUCUUCAUUAUGCAGCCAAAACGUGCAGAACUGACCCAGAGUAAGGACAUCCAUAUGGCGAAAGAGAGAGACGGUUGGAAUGAUAUUGUGGCAUAUGCUUUUUUACCACAGAGGACAAAUGGAAAGAGGGCAGUUAUAAUGGCCAAGCAGACACACACACACACACAGACACACACACACACACACACACACACACACUCCCAUGCACAGAGCCUGAGCCUGCCUGGCAGGGUUGGUCCACAAAGCCAAAGCCUCCGGAUGGGAGAGCAUAAUAUACAAGGAUUUUCUCAAAGCUACUAAUGAGAACCUUGACGAUUUCAUACCUAGCCGUUGGGAAUUCCGGUGGAGUACCCCCACCCAGGUAGUGGCAGUGCUGGCAACACUGGCUGCAGUAAUCCAUGGGGAGGGGGCCACACUUGGACAAUAAGAGAGGGGGUAAAUUAUUGGUCUGACUGCACAGAGGUGCAGAGGUGCUUGGGAAGAAGGGUCACAACAGGGGAACAGCAUGUGUGUGUGUUGGGAGGAAGGGGAGUAUCCGAGCUCCAUCAGGUACGACUAGACAUUGGUUAAUCAAAUCUUCCCAUUCCUGCUCAAUUUGGUAUGCCUUCUCAACCAGCUACAACUGUAUACGCAUUCACAUAUCAAGUCUUCUCUUGAGUUGGGCUCAGGGAUAGAACAACUGUUGAACAUCAGAGCUUGUGGUUGUGUGUGUGUGUGUGUGUGUGUGUGUGAGUGAGUGAGUGAGUGUGUAGAGGGUUGUAGGUCGGUCUAUGGGUGGAAAGGGAGAGAGAGGUAGAGGUAUUUGUGUGGGAGGGGUGGGGUGAGUGCGUGUAUGCAUCCCACAUCCGUUGCUAUGGGGUAAUGAUGUUAGGGACAGUAUAGGAUGGAAUCUCAAGCUGUAAUGUAAAAUGAAUAAUAAUUGCUUGCCAAAAAUUUUGAUUUUGUACUGCCAGUCCUUGUUAUAGGUAACAAUCCAUAGUAGGAAGUGCCUACAUUAUUACGCAUAUUAUUAGUCAAUUGUGAAUGAAUUAAGAUAUGUGCGAUUGUUUUAUGUAUAUAGAUAUUUUUAAUAACUAUAUACAAAACAACAGAGGCAAAAUAGUUUAAAAUACUGUUGGUUGCUAAUCUGGUUCUGUUUUGUAGGUGGCACUGUGUGCUCUUUUUAAAAGAUGGGUUCCAAUCUCUGAAGGAUCCAUGUGUACAGGAGUGUACACUGGGACGACAACCUAACUUGGGAUGGGGGGGGGGGGGGGGGGGGGGCUGUUAACAGGUGGAAUAUUGUAGGACAAUUGGAGGUUGACUCAGUCGCAAUGCAAAUAUCAUGGUACAGCUAUAUGGACAUUCAAUCAUCAUGGUACUUUUGAAUGGUACAUUUGCAAACAUAUAUUAUGGUAAAUAGAAUUGAAACUUGUAUAUCAUUAUGGUAAGUGGUGAAAUAAGUAUAGCUAGUUAUAAUUGUAAUGGCUUAGUGGAUAAUAAGAAAAUACAAUCAGUAUUUACCUGCCUAAAAGUGAAGGAAUAUAAUAUCAAUUGUUUACAGGAUCCUCAUUCCACGUCUUUAGAUUAAGUUGUGUGUAAAAAGGACCGGGGGUGGGAGAUAUACUUCUCCCAUGAGCAAAGAAACUCAAAAGGGGUGAUGAUAUCAAUUAACAAUAAUUUCGAUCCGAAUGUGCAAACUAUCCAAACAUAUCCCCAAGGAAGGUGGAUCCUUUUAAAUAUGCUAUUGGACCAUAAACAGAUUUGGCUCAAUAAUCUAUAUCAUCCAAAUAAUGAUGAUCCACGCUUCUUUGAAAAUAUAUACAGUAUAAUAAUUUAUCGAGCUUACACACAAUACACAACUCUAUUAUUGUGGUGGGAAUUUAAUAAUACGGUUUUAAUUACCUCACUGGACUAUAAAAUAAAUCACACUACAAACUAUCACCCUUAUGCACUUAAGGAAAUCACAUUAUAGAUAUAUUGGAAAUAGUGGAUAUACUGUAUGGAAGCUUAAAUAUCCUGACCAAGUGAGAUAUACAUGGCAGAGGCUCAAUCAAGCUGGUCGUCUUGAUUACUUUCUUAUGUCAUUCUCGCUGGCGCCAGAAAUUUAAAAAGUGUUGAUAGGGGAGAGAAUGCGGUCGAACCAUCAAAUAAUUUGCAUACACAUUACUCUUACAGAAUUUCCACGGAAACUGGAAAUUUCAAAAAAAUGUAUGUAUGACAACUUAUUUUUAACAAAGGAAAAAGAGGAACUAAUAGUACAGGUAGAUAGCAAUACAAACUGUACCAUAGAGGCACUGAAUAAGUUAGUUAAAAAUAAAAAUAACUGGAGGAACUUAUUCAAGACAGAUCAAGUGUACCGGCUAGUUGAGGUAGUUGAAGUAAUAUGUACAUGUGGGUAGAGUUAAAGUGACUGUGCAUAAAUAAUUAAGAGAGUAGCAGCAGCGUAAAAAGAUCAAGGCAAAGCUUGGCUACUUCUCAAAUAUAAAAUCUAUUUUGAUUUGUUUAACACUUUUUGGAUUACUACAUGAUUCCAUAUGUGUUAUUUCAUAGUUUGGAUGUAUUCACUAUUAUUCUACAAUGUAAAAAAUAGUGAAAAUAAAGAAAAACCUUGGAAUGAGUAGGUGUGUCCAAACUUUUGACUGGUGCUGUACUCAGUAAUCAUUAAGUUCUAGUAUGGUAACAUGAAUAAGUAUAUUUCAAUCUUGAGUCCAACACUAGUAAGACAAAAUGUCUAGUAAUAUCAAUGAGUUAAAUAUACCUCUUGAUUAUAAAGAUGUUAUACAUGGUACAUUAUCAUUUAUCUCAUACAGAAUGUGUCCAUAGGUCCAUAGGUCAUUAUACUAUACAUCGAGUUUGUAGGAAGUCGCAAAUGAGAUGAAGAAAUAUGAUAAACUAUUCUCAUAUGUCUAUUUAAGAUAUCUGUAUAUAUAUAUUUAUGCCUUCAGACGAUUCUCCAGUCUAUUUACAAGGUAAUACAGCAACCCAUGCUUUGGUUUUGUUUACCUGGACACUGUUGCCAAAUGCUAACUUUUUUGCAUUUUGUCUAUGUCUCUGAAAUUGUUUGAAAUUGAUCAUGUAGCUCCAUAAAGUGAAUUUAAGACACUUACAGAUACAGGUGUGUGGUGAAAUUGUCAGUUAAUGGAAACUGAUGUUGUGGGGCUGGACAUGCAACUGGGUAUUGCUUCAAACAUUUAAAUCAAAUCAAAUCAAAUCAAAUGUUAUUGGCCACAUGCGCCGAAUACAACAGGUGCAGGCAUUACAGUGAAAUGCUUACUUACAGCCCUUAACCAACAGUGCAUUUAUUUUUAAUUAAAAAAGUAAAAUAAAACAACAACAAAAAGGUGUUGAGAAAAAAAGAGCAGUAGUAAAAUAAAAUAACAGUAGGGAGGCUAUAUAUACAGGGGGUACCGGUGCAGAGUCAAUGUACGGGAGCACCGGCUAGUUGAGGUAGUUGAAGUAAUAUGUACAUGUGGGUAGAGUUAAAGUGACUAUGCAUAAAUAAUUAACAGAGUAGCAGCAGCGUAAAAAGAUGGGGUGGGGGGCAGUGCAAAUAGUCCGGGUAGCCAUGAUUAGCUGUUCAGGAGUCUUAUGGCUUGGGGGUAGAAGCUGUUGAGAAGUCUUUUGGACCUAGACUUGGCACUCCGGUACCGCUUGCCGUGCGGUAGCAGAGAGAACAGUCUAUGACUAGGGUGGCUGGAGUCUUUGACAAUUUUGAGGGCCUUCCUCUGAUUUAGCUUCCCUGCAUCCUCUUCUUCUGCUUUACACCAUCAACUUCCAGAUACAUGCUUCAAAGACCAGUGUAUUUGGUUGUGCUUAUCCUUGACCACUUGUUUCUCUCUUGUUUAUUUUUUCAGUGGACCCAUUACAAGUGGGAAAGGGCGUAAUUCUGAUCACAGUGACGGACAUCAAUGACAACGCACCCGUCUUCGCCAUUGAGUAUGAGACCUACCUUUGUGAGAGUGCCAGACCUGGACAG